UGUAACAAGUUCUGCAGACACACAAGAGCAGUCAGCAACACUUGAUAGGAAUGCCGAGCAGAAAACUGUCGCUCUGAGCAAAACCCACAUCGCUGCCCCAGCACAGGGGGAAGAAAGCGAUGAUGUGUUGCACCACUACUGAGAGCAGUUAGCAGUCACCCACGUUACUGUGGCUCUCGAGUCACAUGUAGGCUAGACCAGGAAGAGAAACCAUUGUCACAAUCAAUCCUUCACUGUUGGUCACAGACAUCACUUCAGAGCAGAUCACUGCACCAGAAUGGCAGGAGAUACAGACCUCCAGCUUCUCAGGGUGAUCAAAGACUUUCAAGCUUCUAUUGAAGAGCUUUGCAAAGAUCAGGAGAGGAAUGAACUUCCCAUCACCGAUGCCAACCCAAUUCUCCACAGCCUGUGCACUAGACUUGAAUACCUGUUACAGUACGAUCAGAAAGAGAAGAAGACGAUUUUUGGGAGCCGGAAGGAUUAUUGGGAUUAUAUCAAUCUGUGUCUGAAUAGUCACAAAUGUGGAACAAAUGCUGUCAAAUUUAUUAACCUCACAUCACAGUUGACCUCACUGGGGAAGGGACGAGCUUUCAUCCGAUACUGUCUGGUCCAACAGAAACUGGCAGACUCCUUGCAGCUGUGCUUCCUCAAUCAGCAACUAGUCAGCGAAUGGUAUUACGCACGGAGCCCAUUCCUAUCAGAUAGGCUCCGCUCUGACAUCGUGGACAAGUUAUACUCCUUGAAUGGAAUAAACUUCGAUCUGGAUUUGGAGGGUGUUGACUUGGACUCAGCCUGGCCAUUGGGCAAACGUGAAUAUAAAACUCCCAGGAAGACAAUGACAACAAGAGUUCAAUUCAACAACCUGUUUAAGGGGCUGUACAAGAAGCUAAAUUAUUGGUCAGAAGAGGAACCUGAGCAUGAGAAGCCAGUGGUCAAUGGAAGGACGCAGAGUUUCAUGAAAUCUGAAGAACCAGGAAUACCACUAGGAGCAUCAACAACACACAGUGCCUCAAAGGGUCUCGGUGAUCUCCAAGGAAACCAAGAACCAAUUCUGGAAGUGUGUACUAAUGACUCCAGGUCAGAUCCAGGUCAACGACUACAAUCUGAACAUGAUGAGCAAGUGCUUCAUCGUGAAGAACAGAACAUAGGACUGGUGAGCAACUUGAAGCAAGAGCUUGCUGUAUCAGAAUUGUGCAGAGGCAGCAGCCAAAUUGAUGUUCAGAGGUCUCAGGAUGCUGUAUCCCCCUCAACAACAGAUGAGAAGAGAGAGACUGAACUCAAAGUUAUAGCAGAACAGCGAUCUCUCUUAGAAAAACUCAGCAUAGAUCUAACCGAGAAAGAGCAUGUCAUCAGGCAACUGAACUUUCUAUUCAAAGAGAAAGAGAAGAGCCAUGAGGAGGAGUCCUCCAAACUUCAGCAAGAGAUCUCAAACUUCAAGGAAUUGCAGAAGAAUAUUGAGGAACAAUCAAACAAGGUGGAGCAGUUGGAGGACAGUAACAACUUCCUGAAUGAAACGGUUGAGGAAAUGGAUACGAUUCUUGAUGAACUGAAACAAGCCCUGGUUGAGAAAGAUCACGAGAAUAUGUUACUGAAAAAGGAGCAGGUAGAAAAGAUGGCAGCAGCCCAACAGUUCCACGAGGAGGAGUUGGAGAAGCUGAAGCUCACACUUGACGAACAUCAAAAGGAAGACGAUGGAUUGAAAGGAGAUACUGACCAAAAGCGAAGAACAGUGAAGCAGGAACUAAAAAAUAUAGAGACAAUUCUGGUUCAAACUCAGAGUCAAAUCAAUUUGGAAAAUGGGCGUCAGUUGAUUGAGAUGGAAGAGCUACAGAUCAAGCUACAAGACCUGGAGUCUCUCAACAAUUCACUUGAAGAGAAGUACAAGGCAAGCCAACAGGAAGUCAAAGAAUUAAAAAUGUCUGUCAUCUCACUUCGGUCAGAGAUCAGCAAACUCCAACCUCCUGAGAAACAGGUGCUUCAACAGAGUGGUGCUGCUUUUCCCUCUCCUGAUGGGAGGGAGUUAAUGUUGGCAGCAGACAAUGGGAAUCCUGGAGAAAACCUGAGACAAGACCAAAAUGAAUUGGUCAAUCAAGAGCUGGAAAGGAAUGAAUUCAAACAGGAAGACACUGCAAGUUUGGAAGUCCUUUCUGCCUUGAAUUGGGAAGGCCAACAGGCUGUGCUGAAAGAGGAGAACAUGAACGUUGCCACAAGGGGAAAGGAAGAACUAAAUGUUUUGAAGGACAAAUUGAAGGAGAUUACUCAGAAAUUAGAGGCUUCAAAUGCUGAGAAGUUAGAAGCCACACAGAAACUGGAGGAAACUGUGGCCCAACUCCAUAUAUUAAUGGCAGAACAAUCAAGUACAGACAACCAAACAGUGUUGAAAGACCAACACGUGGCUCACGAAGAGGAGAUGAAGGAGAAGUUGGCAAUGUCUGCAAGAAAAUAUACAGAAAUGAUACAACCUGAAAGUGCUGAACUAAGACAGAGUUUGCAAGAGGUCAGCAAGGGGAGAGUAUCUACACAGAGGGAGCUGAGCUCAGCACUUUCUGCCCUUGAACAGUCUGGUCAGGAAGUCACCAAGGUUAAGAAGCAAAUGGAAGAGCUGGAGAACGCUCAUAAUCUCAAGAUUCAAGAAAUGCUGGGAAGAAUCAAGGCCGUUGAAGCUGAGAAGAAAGCACUGGAGCAACAGAAGGAGAGCCUGAGGAAGACAGUUUCCAUUCUCAAGGAGGACCUGCUGCAGCUGAAGGACAAUAAUGCAAAAGUUGAGCUGAGUAAUGAACCAUCUCAAGGUAAGAUGGAGAGAGACCAAGGAAAGAUGAAGCAGUUCAAUGCACAGCUGGUACAACUGUCUGCUGAGAAGGUUGAAUUGGAGGGAAAGACUGUCAGGUUGGCAAAGCAGCAGGAGGAGGAUGGAGCCUACCAGCUGGAGAGUGCACAGGACAGCAAGGAAAAGUUGGCAUCCCUGGCAAAGGAAAAUGAAGAACUUCGAGCUGAAUUACAGACGAUGAGAGAACAACUGAGCUCACUGCAGCAAUCGAUGCGACAAGGGAGGUCAGAGUUUGAGCUGGAAAUGGCCAAGAAAACAGCGGAAUGUAACUUGCAAACAGAGACUCUCAAUGAAGAUUUGCUGACCGUGAGAAAGGACAUCGAAUGCAAAGUGGAAAAACUAAAGUGCAAGGAUGAUGAGCUUCUAUCACUGGCUGAAUCUCUUGCAGAAAUGAGGAGAGCUGAAGAAGAUUUGAAGGCAACUUUGAAAAAGACACAAGAAGAUGCAAAAAGCAGGGAGGAGGAAUCCCACCGUGAAAUUCAGGUUCUCAGGGAAACAGUCAGAUCCCUGAAGGACCGAACAGUGGAACUGCUGAGGGAGAAGGAUAUCCUGUGGCAGAAAUCGAAUAAUUUGGAGUUUAGCCAGCGACAAUUGGAUCAGAAACAUUUGUCAAGAAAAGAUCAAUUUGGAAGCAAGAAAUGAAUUUAAUCAGUAGCUGGAAACUUGAGAGCUUCAAUGGGUUCUGUCUUCUGUUAGUGCCUGGAGUGGGUGAAAUUCUGAUCCUUUUCGAUAAGUGGGGUACUGGUAGAUGGUGAGCACUUUCUGUUUUAAAAGCUGAAGGGGAGGAUUUGUAAUGAGCAUAUGUUAAUACUCUGGAACAGUACCAGAGCAUCUGGAUCACAUUUAUUUGGAUCUCCUUUCUCAGUUGCAAUUCCCACAGUCUGUAAUGGCUGUCAGUGGACUCAUGAAAAGUUUGAUAAAACAAACUCAUCAUAGUGCAGGGGUUCGUUUUCCACAUAGCAUUUAUACAUUGUUUUUUUCAAAUGUUUGUUCAAUUUAUUUUGAUAAAUUAUCUUUGGAUUCUGCUGUUUCCAGUCAGUGAACACCAUCCUAACAACUGCCUGCUGAAACUGUACUGCCUUUUCUGCCUUGCCUUCUUUUAAGAAGAACUUGGAUUCCUUUUGCAUCCGUCAGAACCUUAGGAAGACCCAAAACACUCCACAGCACAAGUGAGAGCUUCAAAGUAGACUGACUGCUCCUGCAGCAGGUUCUCCAAGAACAGGAUGACCCAGAAUGUCUGUCUGUAGAUACUGGCUGAAGGAUAAAUAGGCAGCAGGAUGUUGAGCAGUGCUGCUGGCUGUAUGAGCAGUCCUCACUGCUGACCAUUGUGUUGUACAAGAUGAUCUGCACAAUUGCUCACCAAAAGGUAUAUUUGUUACCUCUGAGGUACAGUAUUUCCUUAUAGGAACCAACAGGAUCUAUUGUGCUAAAGGGAUAAUCACUUGGAAGCCUAACAUGAAGAGGCUCUUGUAAUAAACAGGACGCAGCUAGGUGUAGAAUAGGUAGUACACAUUUUUACACUCAGGUAGUACACAUUUUUACAGAGAGUUACAAGGAGGACCUGAGCAUACAAUCUCACUCCUUUGAACUCUUGAGUUGUUCUCCCACCAAUUCCAAUCACACAAUCAGAGUGGGUGAUAGCAUGCCCCAUUGUUAAACCUUACCAGACCCAUGCACUCUUUUACAAUGCUGCUUUCCUCUUUUUACAGUCAUGCCAAGAGGAUCUGAAUACCUGAAAGAUAAUACAAAACUAUCUACCUUCCCUUGAAAAAGAAAGAACAGGAAAUGGUAUCACCUACCUUAAGAAACCAAGACUUAUAAAGAGAGGCAGACAUACCACCAACACUCCAUGAGGAUUGAUCCUCUGACAAUGUGGUACUCUUUCAGCACUUACCCUCUGACAGUGCACAUUCCCUCAGCACUGACACUCCGA